GAGAUCACUAUAACGUACGAAAUUUCUUACCCUCAAACGUCGAGUGUCACUCUAGUUAUUGCAAUCCUGAGCUCUUACAUUUUGAACUUGUCGGAGAUUGAGUGUAGUAACAUUUAUUUGUAAAUCCUGAAAUAGUGAACAGAAGUUUUAAUAAAUCAAUCAAUAAAUAUAUAACUCAAUAAAUUCAUAAGCAAAUAAAUAAUUAAAAUUUAAAAUUAACUUGGUAACAAUGUCUUCAGAGAAUUUAUUUACCGAAGAUUAUUACGACAAUAAUGACAGUGACGACUGCGAACAAUAUGAUUACGAUGAGCAGGAAGACAAUAAAAGAACCCGAUUAAUGUCAGAGGAGGAGAGGCGCGCCCAUCACAAUGCAUUGGAAAGAAAACGUCGCGAUGGGAUAAAAGAAAAUUUUCUUGAGCUCAAAGAGACGGUGAAUUCGCUGAUGCCAGAAAACACAGCAUCGAGUAGAACGCAAAUUUUGAGAAAAUCCGCUGCGUUCAUCAGAAUGAUGGAGGACAAAAACGCUCGUCAUGAACAAGAUAUUAUUAUUCUAAAAAGACAAAAUGAGUUGUUACACCAACAAAUAUCUGCUAUUGAAAAUACUUUGACCCGUCUUGAAGCAGAUGUGGAUAUCGGAGAUGACUUGAUUCCGUCCCAUGAAAUAAAAAUUGAAAAUUCUUCUGAUUCCGAGUCCUCAGAGUCUUCAGAACCUUCGGGGUCUUCAGAGUCUUCAGAAUCAUCAGAAUCUGAAUAGUAAUAGGAAUAUAAAUUAUUGAAGAAUGCAAUUAUUUUUUUACAAUAUAAAUUUAAAAAAUAUUUUAUAACUACGAUUUAUUUAUAAUUAUAAUAAAAGUGUCCUUUUAAAAAAAUUAUCACUACCAUUUU